CAAAGUAAAAGAGGAAUCUACCAUGGAGAAGAUGAAUCACAAGAGCAAGAGCAUUCACGACAUCCUCCCUAUUGACCUGAUUCACAUAAUCCUACUGCGGGUGCCGAUCAGACAUGUAGCUCGCCUCAAGUGCGUUUCCAAGCUCUGGUGCUCUCUAAUUUCUGAUCCUGACUUUGCGGAAUUGCAUUUUCGCCACUCUCCCGCUGCUACCAAAAUCUUCCUGAAAAACGGCGGAUUCAGCAAAAGAAUAUCCUAUUCUCAUAUUGUUCGUCGUCUUAAAUACCAUGGCUUUGGGCUUUCCUACAGUAGGAAUCUGCAUGGAUUUGGUUAUGAUGCAUCACAGGAUGAUUACUUAUUUGUCGUAGCUUAUAGGGAUUAUGAAAGGCAAGAAGAUUACUUGGAAUGCUUGUCCUUGAGAACCAAUUCAUGGAUUAAUCUUGAUGCUGUACUCCCCAGUCCAUUGGAUUGGUUUGACCACAAUUCUCGUGGGUUGUUCUUGAAUGGCGCUAUUCAUUGGGUGCCUUUCUGUCUUGAAGAUUACAGGGAUGCUAUUCUUAUCUUUGAUCUCAAGGAAAAGACUUUCUCAAGGAUAUCUGCACCGGAACAACUGCUAAUCGGUGAAUGCCCCUUUCCAUGUCUCGCCCUACUAGGAGACUGCCUAUCUUUGUAUUGUGACAAUUAUGGUAGCCAUACAACUCAGAUAUGGGUGAUGAAAGAAUAUAAAGUGCACUCAUCUUGGACUCUCUGUCAGAUUCCUUGCAAAGCCUUUCAGCCAUUGUGCUUAUCCAGUAAUGGUGAUAUUAUUGGAAAAUGUCAUGCUUUCUCUGAUAAGAGAGGGUACUUAAUCUAUAAUGUCAGAGGAGAUCUGCUCAAGCAUUUUAAAAAUCUUUAUUGUCCCAUUCGUGAAGCGGAUGCUGUUUAUACAGAGAGUCUCUUGUCCCUUCCUAGCAACAUCAAGGAUAAGGACAAGAAGAGAAAGAGGAAAAAAAUUUGUAUGUAACUAUUCUCCUUGCUUUGCA